AUGUCUGAGGGACAUAGCUCCAUAUCGCCUCCGCCCAAGAGGCAACGGUUGUCGAAGCCCCCAGUUAUUGACUUAACUUCUCAAGGCAGCGAGCCAGCCGCUGCCUCUGGGAAGCUUGCCUUGGUUGACUUGACAGCCGACGACAGGGGACUUAGCACAGAUGCAGAGCCAGAUGAAGAUGCGAUUGAGCACAGACCUAUGGACUGUGGAACGCCGUGUCAUGACACGGUCAAACUUGCAUCCCCAGACAUUGACUCGCCGCAAAUCAAACACCCAGAUCCAAUACCAACUACUUCAUUUUGUAACACCAUCCCUUCGCCAAUGCAGCUCAACAUGAUCUCUGAACUCCCAAUGAGCGGAAAUCAAGAUACAAUCACGCUUGCACAUAUUUUGGGAGAUCCGCUGAUCAAGGAGUGUUGGCUGUUCAAUUACUUAUUCGAUGUUGAUUUCAUUCUCAGUCAAUUUGAUUCCGACGUGCGCCACACCGUCAGAAUAAAGAUCAUCCAUGGCUCGUGGAGAGCUGACGAUAUGAAUGGCAUCGGAAUAGCAAAAGCUGCGAGUAGCUACCCGAAUAUUGAGAAUAUCAAGGCCCAUAUGCCUGAAGCAUUCGGCACACAUCAUUCCAAAAUGAUCAUUUACUUCCGCCAUGAUGGUCUUGCCAGGGUAGUGAUUACGACAGGGAACUUCAUCGAAAGGGACUGGAGGAUGUCGCAAGCCUUUUGGUGUUCGCCAUUGUUACCAUUGGAUGAGACCAGUCCGUGCCCGAUGAUGGCCCCGGUUGGUUCAGGUCUGCGCUUCCAAUACGAUCUUUUAUCUUACAUUCGGCACUAUGGCUCCAAACUCAACACUCUCCACGAUCAGCUCCAGAGCUAUGAUUUCGCUGGUGUUCGUGGUGCACUAGUUGCGAGCGUCCCGAUCAAGCAGGAUCUUAUGACCGUCGAAGAGCAGAGAUCCACCGCAUGGGGACAUCUUGGUCUUAAAAGCAUUCUCGACACUGUGCCCUUGAAUAGUUCAGCGUCCAGUGCACACAUUGUAAGUCAGAUAUCCUCAGUCGCUUCUGUAGGCCAAGCCUGGCUUCAACGAACAUUCUUCACAUCUUUGAACACCAUCAAGCGUCCGGUGGGUCAGCAUAAGACGCACGCUAAACACUCCAUCAUCUUUCCAACUUCGAGCGAGAUUCGAACCUGCAUUGGGGGCUAUAAUUCUGGGGCGUCAAUCCACAUGAAAACGCAAAGCACGGCCAACAUGUCCCAAGUUAACUUCCUCAAGCCAAUGCUAUGCCAUUGGGCCUCGACAACGAACUCAUCGGUCAAAGGACAGCUCUCAACAUUGAAACCUCGCGGCACGACCAGCCGAGCCAAAGCGCCUUCGCAGGUACAAGCGUCUGGUAUGGCCAAAUGGCUAGCUUCGAAGCCUUCACUUUCGCAACCAAGUCAUGCCUCCUCCACCUUGCCGACCCCGAACGAGAAUGCUCCCCGUCGCGCGAAACGUGGACCUGCCGCGCCGCACAUCAAGACAUACAUCCGAUUCACCUCCGAAGCAUGUACGAGCAUAGAUUGGGCAAUGGUAACCUCCGCUAACCUUUCCACACAAGCGUGGGGCUCCGCGCCAAACCCAAACGGUGAAGUCAGGAUUUGUAGCUAUGAGAUUGGCGUCGUGGUAUGGCCUGAUCUGUGGAAAGAUGAAGACGAUGACGAGAUCAAGAUGGUGCCGUGUUUUCUGGGCAAUGGUCCUAGUGCUCGGGAAAUAGAGUUGGCGGAGCAUUUGGAGAAGGAUUCCCAAGCUGGCAAUCGGGUUUCAGAUACGGUAGCGGAUGCCAAUACCCCUACAGCAGAGAAGAUGGGGCAUUCUCGCAAGAAGAGGUACAUUGGUUGGAGAAUGCCGUACGAUCUCCCUCUUGUGCCUUAUGCGGCUGAUGAGAUGCCAUGGUGCGCAACAAGCAAGUAUCGAGAACCUGAUUGUUUGGGAAGGACAUGGGAUAGAUAG